CUUAUUUCUAUAUUGUUCUCUGUUUUCUUACGAUAAAUAUGUACACGCGCUACCUAGCCUCAAUGAACAACAUGACACUAUAAUUAUUUUAUGUACAAUUAUUUUUAUUACAAAUAUAUUGUUACAAUUACUUUUACAUCAAUCAAAUCAAUUCGACUAACAUUAAAAGACACGAUAGGAAUAGGGAAUUAUAACCUAAACGUGUGAAUGUAACAUAGAAUUGCAUGUAACUAAAGUAAGAAAAUAUCCACAUGUUUAACUUAUAUUGUUUACGGACAAAGGGUUAAUAAGGUGAAUACUCAGUGCAAAUCAUUGGAGUUUCUUCUAGGGUCAAAUCUUAGACUCGGACUGUAAACAGCAUAAUAAGCUGAAAAAGCGAUAAGAUGUAAUGCGUCAUUUAAAUAAUUUUGUGGAAUGCGCUUACAAAGUAUAAAAGGCCUCGAAGUGGGAAAAGCGAUAAGCUUUCUGAAGAAAGACCACUAUAAUAGAUUUCACUGCAUUUAUACCAAAAUCUUCAUACAGUUUAGCAAUAUUUUUUAAACAUCUUUAUUUUUGAUCACUAAAAUGUUUGUUAGAAAGCACGAAAGUGUAAGUGCAAAUGAGUCGAGUAGUGAUGAAGAAGUAUUUAAAUUUCCAAGAAAACUUAGUAAUAUUAUUGCAUCAAAUUCAAGCUCAGAAAAUGAGAAUUUCUAUGAGAGUGAAGAUUUUGAAGAACUAUUAGAAAACCUGACUAUAGAAGAAGAGAAUGAACAGACUGAUACUGUUGACCCAUUUGACAAUAUCCAGUGGAUGGAGUUUACCGGAAAACAAAAAUUAUUUGAAUUCACUGGGAAAAGUGGACUUCUUGUGAAACUACCUUCCAGUAUUACAGCGGGUCAAGUCCUUUCUCUCUUUUUGAAUGAACAAGUGAUAGAUCUUAUAGUGAUGGAAACAAACAGGUACGCAGAGAAAAAAUUUGGUCACAGUGCAAACAGCGAAUAUGCUCAAGACAACGGAUGGAAACCAACAAAUUCUGAAGAAAUCAAAAUAUUUCUUGGGCUAUUGCUUUGGAUGGACUUGGUGCAAGUGCCAUUAACCAAAUGUUGGUCAAUAGAUCCUCUUUAUAAUUUUCCAUUUCCCCGUAGUAAAAUGUCUCAGAAUCGAUUCGAAUUAUUAUUAUCAAAUUUACAUUUUGCAAACAACGAAGCCAUACAACAAAACAAUCGACUUGGAAAAGUGUUACUAUUACUACAGAUACUUACAGAUAAUUACCAACAAAUAUUUUUACCUGGUCCAGAAAUUGUAGUUGAUGAGACUAUAGUUCCUUGGAGGGGAAGGCUCAUAUUCAGGCAAUACAUACCGACAAAGUCACAUAAAUAUGGGAUAAAACUGUUUAAAUUAUGUUCUACAGAAGGUUAUACAUGGACCAUUAAAAUAUAUGCUGGAGGAGAUAUCUGUGGGAUCAACCAAACCUGUGGGAUCAUACCCGAAAACGUUUGCAUCGAGCUCAUAAACAAGCUAUUGAAUGAAGGACGUACCUUGUUUAUUGACAAUUUUUAUGCAAGCUACGAAUUAGCUAUAAGGUUGUUAAAUUUCAAAACCCAUAUUGUUGGAACAGUACGUCACAACAAGAAUUUUAUGCCAAGAGAUGUUAGACUUCACCGAUUGAAAAGGGGUGAAAUAAUAUCACGGGAAGAUAAUAAUGGCAUUGUAGUGCUGAAGUGGAGAGAUGUCCGUGAUGUCUGUAUAUUAUCAUCGAUACAUGCACCUGUUAUGGUACCAAUUGCGGAUUCUUCCAUUCUUAGUAAUAGUCCUCCAAAAAUGAAACCUUUAGCAGUAAUAGCAUACAAUACUGGGAGAUCUGGCAUUGAUAGGAGCCAUCAAAUGGCAUCAUAUGCAACAACAAUUCGGAGGAGCAUAAAAUGGUAUCAGAAACUAGCAAUUCACUUCCUAAUAGGAAUUUCUGUAAUGAAUGCACAUAUUGUUUAUCAAAAAGCAACGAACCAGAAAAUAAAAAUAAGAAAAUUCCGAGAGCUUAUAGUUCGAGAGUGGUUAGUAUCAGAAAACGCAAAGCCUCAUAUAAUAGAGAAAGCAUUUCAUCAGCUGCAAGUUCGAAAAAAUCCUCAGGGCAAAUCUAUAAGAAGGAUGUGCGUUCGGUGCUAUGCAAAACAAAGACAAACUCAACAACGCCAGGAAGUAAGGAAACAUUUACAAAAGACCAUAACGUAUUGUCCUGAGUGUCCACGGUCACCUCAAUUAUGUUUCUUAUGUUUUAACGAAUACCAUCAUAACCAAUAAAAUAUUAUAUGUAAGUAUAAUUUUAAUUUGUUAGUAUAAGUAUAUUUUAUGUUUUAUUAUUUUUUUUUUAUUAUU